AAUUAUUUAAUUUGUAAAUUAUAUUAUUGACUCUUUGUUUUAAAGUAUGUUUUGUUAAAGAAACAAGAGAAAUAUUUGAAUAUUAUCAGUCCGAAGUGAAAGUCAUAACUGCAUGUUCAAACUCAAUCGAAGUUUUUAGGUUAUUCUUUUGACAGAUGUAAACAACUUAGCAAGCAUCUUUAGUUAUUGUGCUUUUAAAUGAAAUGGAUUUCCAAAAGUCAGGAGGAUCAUCAUCUUCAAAAAAUAAAUCAAGAAAUAAGAGACCUCGAAGAGACUCUGAUGAAGACUCAAGUGAUCUCAUUGUAGAUAUAGAAAUGUCUCCCAGCAGUUCCAAAUCACGCACCCCACAAUCACAAUCCCUGAACACAUCAGUAACAUCUACAAAUAAAAAACGCAAAAAACGUGAUAGCGCAUCUAGUGAUGAAGAACGAUGGUUGACUGCAAUAGAAUCAGGCAAAUUAGAAGAUGUGGAUGAUGAGUUAAAGAAGAUCAAACCAAAAGACCCCUCUCUAAUGACAGCAAGACAGAGGGCAAUGUAUGAUAGGUCUACAGAUAAUAUAACUACACCUAAUCAAGGCUUAAUUUCAUUGCCAACUGGUUAUAAAGAGAAAGUAAUGACACCUGAAGCUAUUCAGAAGGCUCAGAUUAAGUCACAGAAAAGAAAACAAGUUGCUGAUGAGAAGAGAGAGAAAGAUAAGAAGAAAACUCUGGAGAGACUGUUGAAAAAGCAGGAGUCUAAGGCUUUAAAGACUGCAAAAGCAAAAAAUGCUAGGGCGAGUGUGCCUGUUAUUCUCUACAAACAGAACAAUGAAAGCACAAUUGUAUCUUAUCCCGUUAAUAUUGACUAUCCUUUAAAAGCAGAAAAGGUUAAAUACGUCAAACCAGAAGUUUGCAGUAUGAAUUGUGGUAAUUUGAGGAAAUAUGCAUGUUCUAAGACUGGUGCUGCUCUGUGCAGUUUAGAAUGUUAUAAGAAAAAUAUUUCAUCUAGAAUAUUAUAAUCCAUGAUCUUAUUAAACAAAA